UUGCUUUCCGUGCCAUUCAUUUGAAGCGCAGCCGCUCAUAACGUGCACUGGCACAUAGAUGAGAUAAGAGCUCUGACAGUCAGUCAGUCAUCCCAGGGAGAGGGCAGAAUUAACUGGGCAGUCAAAAUCAAACCAUCCGGCAGGCGCACACACCCAGACAAGAGCACAGCUCUUGGGACAAUUGGAGCAUUUUUGACGCACAGACGCGCACGGACAGCAGCACCCGGUCCAAACUUGGACCUGACAGUUAACCUGCAUUAAACCUCAAACUACCUGCAGCCUAACAUGGAGCGCAAAAUCCCUGACUUCGCCGGCAUCUGGGAGAUGAAGAGUUCUGAAAACUUCGAGGAGCUCUUGAAGGCGUUGGGUGUAAACGUGAUGCUGCGUAAGAUCGCGGUGAAGGCGGCCUCCAAGCCGUUGGUGGAGAUCACACAGGAUGGAGAGACGCUGUCCAUUAAAACCUCAACAUCAGUCCGGACCACUCACAUCACCUUCACUGUGGGGCAGGAGUUCAACGAGACCACGGUGGACGGACGUCCCUGCACGAGUUUUCCACGUUGGGAGACAGACAGCAAGAUCACCUGUGAGCAGACCCUGCAGAAAGGAGAGGGGCCUAAAACCUCCUGGACCCGUGAGAUAACCAACGAUGGCAAGCUGAUCCUGACCAUGGGAGCAGAUGAUGUGGUAUGCACCAGAGUGUACGAACGACAAUGAACAAGAGCACUUCUUACUUUUCGUCCUUCCAGCCCCCUUCUCCUGUAUCACCACUUGUGUCACUUCUCCCGUUGUCAAGACAGCGGCUGGGGGGAGAUAGCAGCCUAUAGUUUUAUUCCAAUAUCUCUGUUAGCUUCACUAUGUAAUAAUUGUGGUAACUGUAUCUACUUUACACAUAUCUACACCUUGGUCUUAUAGCUCCUGAGUUAUGUCUGUCUUUCCAGCUCCAUCAAACGUGACCAGCUGGGGUUUUAAACAUAAAAAUCUGUGUUGCUUUGUAUGUUUGAUUUGCAGCUCAUUUAUUUGGCAGUGUGUGCAUGUGUGUAUGUGUGUGUGUGUGUGUGUGUGUGUGUGUGAGUGAGACUAUAUUUGUAGAUGUGUAAACCAAUCUAUAUGAACUCUUCCAGUUUCAGGUCAGUUUUGAUUUGUCCCUCUUUUCUGUUUCUUUAGCCCUGCCCCACAACUUAAACCUUUUCUAUUUCAUGACAUUUUAUAUUUAUUACUACACUAGAGUCCGAUACAGUACUGCUAAGGUUUUUACUUUGUGUCUCUUUUAUAUGAAAUGUGAUCAUAGGAAACAACAACUUUCUAUGGGAAAACAAUAAAGCACGAUCUUAACUCA